AACAAGGUUGAAGGUUAUGGUAAUGGAAUGCUACAAGUUAUAUUUUUGUGGGAGGGUCAAGGUCGUAAAUUUUUUAAAAUUUGCUGGCUAUUCUUUAAUUGUUUGGUUGAAGAUGAUGUGGUAAAUUUUUGUAAGUUAAAGAAUUUAUAUUUGUCAAAAUAUCAAAAUAUUUCGGUUACUGCACAUCUAUUUUGAAAAUAUUCAACUAAAACGGUUUUCAGUCGCUUUUAUGCUGCCUUUCUCUUCGUUGUACUCAUUGUACCGUUGGUUUUGUGAUCACCUCGCUGUACAGCUGUUACCACGUUUCUAGCUACCACUUCUUUUCCUUAUCAUCGUUAUCGUGUUAUCGUUUAUUAGUUUAUAUUCGCUAGUAGUUCUACCCUGCUUGGAUCUUUAAUAAAAAUGACGAAUCUUAAUUUUGAUUCGCAAUUUCGGUAUUUAAUACAGUGGUUUAAUGAAUGGAGUGAAUUACAAAAAUCCGAUUUUCUUCCAAUUCUGGCUGAAAAAUAUUCAAAGAAAAUUUAUAUAAAUGGGAUUGUGAACAGUAUAUCUGCAGUUGACUGCCAGGAUAAACCUAUGUCCUUAUUUCAGUGCAGGGUGAAACUAUUCAAAGAAUGGUUUACUCAGUGGAAUCCAGAACAACAAGAUAGAUUUUUAAAGAAAAUUAUGGAAAUAGAUGAGACAUUUGCAGAAAAAUUAAAAUCAGAACUAGAAAAUGGAGUGAUUGAAGAGAAUCAUGAUUCUGAAAAUGUGCUGGAAGACUAGAAAUCUUAAAAAAAAAA